AUGGACCUGCAGGGGUUCAUAGUCCGCGGUCAGGUCCUCUCGUUGAUGCGACAGCUCAUCCGCGCGACUCGCAACGCACCGAGCGACGCGAGAGCCGAACUUCGAGCCGAGAUCAGGCGCUGCUUCGAGCAGGCCAAGGGACACGCCGACCGCGUGACGGUGAAGCACUUGCUGUCCGACGGGCGGCUGAAGCUCAAGAUGCUCAAGGAGAUGGUCGGCUUCACCACCUGA